GCCCAAAAUGGCGAUUACGUCAUAGACCCUGAUGGAGAUGGUGGAGUGAAACCUUUUAAAGUCUACUGUAACAUGACUGACAAGAACGACAUUGGAGUGACUGUCGUCAGUCAUGACAGUGAAAACAGAACAUUGGUGGUUGGGUGUGAGCGCCGAGGCGCCUAUUCUGGCAAUAUCAGUUACACAGAGGCUGAUAUGGCUCAACUGGCAAAGCUGACAGCCCCAUCAGCUCACUGUGAGCAGUUCAUAAAGUACGAGUGCCGUUGCUCAGUGCUCCUCAAAAAUGGUGACCCUUGCGGCUGGUGGGUGUCACGUGAUGGAGAAAAGAUGAAGUACUGGGGAGGAGUUGAUUCCGGUGAUUACAAAUGCACCUGCGGCCUGAACAAGUCAUGUGCAGCCAAAGACUACGGAUGCAAGUGCGACGAAAAUAGCGGAACGUGGCGAGAGGACAGCGGUUUCCUUACAGACAAGUUAACGCUUCCCGUGAAGCAACUGAGGUUUGGGGAUACCUCUUCCUCUGAUGAGAAAAGACACCACACCCUUGGAAAGCUUAAGUGUUUUGGACUCAUUUAA